GACAGCUAAAAGUUGGAUAGAGUUUCAGCAGCUACUAUAUAUAAAGCAGGGGGACUUAUGUCACUGCACUAAUUAAAUUCCAUCUGGGUGGCUCCUCUGGGUUUUUUUGAGCCUAUCACCCAACUCCAGCAGGCAGAGAGGCCAAGGGGAGAGCAUGAUGAUGGACCUUUUUGAAACUAGCUCCUAUUUCUUCUACUUGGACGGAGAAAAUGGAGCUCUGCAGCAGCUGGAGAUGGCAGAGGGGUCCCCCCUGUACCCAGGCAGCGAUGGCACUUUGUCCCCUUGCCAGGACCAAAUGCCCCCAGAAGCCGGGAGUGACAGCAGUGGAGAGGAGCAUGUGCUGGCACCCCCGGGCCUACAACCCCCUCAUUGCCCCGGCCAGUGUUUGAUCUGGGCUUGUAAGACCUGCAAGAGGAAAUCGGCCCCCACCGACAGGAGGAAAGCAGCCACCCUGCGGGAGAGGAGGCGGCUGAAGAAGAUCAACGAAGCCUUCGAGGCUCUGAAAAGGAGGACUGUGGCCAACCCCAACCAGCGGCUGCCCAAGGUGGAGAUCCUGAGGAGUGCCAUCAGCUACAUAGAGAAGCUGCAGGAUCUCCUGCACAGGCUGGAUCAGCAGGAGAAAAUGCAGGAGAUUGGGGGAGACCCUUUUAGCUUCAGCCCCAAGCAGGGAAAUAUCCCAAGUUCAGAUUUCCUGAGCACCUGCAGCUCCGACUGGCAAAAUGUUUCUGAUCAUUCCAGAGUGCUAGCGAUCAAUGCCAAAGAAGGAGCCUCCAUCGUUGAAUCUUCAGCCUCUAGCAGCCUUCGUUGUCUUUCUUCGAUAGUGGACAGUAUUUCUUCAGAAGAUCCCAAACUUCCCUGCGUGGAGGAAGUGGUAGAGAAGUAGAUCUGCAUUUGGCCUGAUCGUAUUUUGAACGCUGAUAACAAGGAACUCACCCCACAACCUAUAAAUGAAAUAAUUAAUUAAUUUAAUAUUUUAGCAAUCCCAGACAGGGGCCUUGUUAAAGGCACUGGUAGGCAGAUAAAGUUGAAUCUUCUUAAAAAGAAAUGUUCCUCCGAUAAUUGUACAAUCCAAUUCUUUCUUUCUUUCUUUCUUUCUCUUCUGUUGUAUAGACCACUCCUUUUUUAUUUAAUAUAUUUACUUGUUUUCUGGUGAUCCACUUUGUAUAAUAUUCAACAAAAAGUUCAUUCCUGUCUGAGUGAAGCUGUUGUUUGGAUAUCCUGUUAGUAUUAUUUAAAGAGUUCUUAGGUUGUGUGUUUGUACAUAAUUUUAGUACUUUUUUAAUGUAAACCGGAUCCAUAUCUAUAUCUAUAUCUAUAUAUAUAUAUUUAAAUUGUGGAAUGUGAUAUUGUAUAUAAGAACGGCCAGAUUUCCUGGGUAUGUAAAAUAAAGUUCUUUGUGUUACAAAGGUCCCAGCCCCACUUUAAAUUGUGGGCCCGAUCCUGCUCCCAUUAGAAUUACAUUUUGCCACUGACUUCAGGGAGAUCAGGACCCAAUUCGGUCAAUCCAAAUAAAAAGUGUUUAAAAUUAAGAGGUUGCAAAUAUUUCCAGCCAGGGCAGCGUCUCUUUAACUGUCUAAACAGUUUCUCUUCUACUCAGAACCGCACAGAAGGUCUUCAUUCUUUCCCUCAUUCUUUCCCUCUUAUUUUGCGUUAGCAGCCUUCCACAGCUGAGAGUUGUGACUGCUGCUGUGUAUAGGAUUGUGUAGGCCGCCUACGUUCACCCAGGCCAGUGCUUCCCUUCGGUCUCCCUCAGUGG